GAAGACAGUAUUUUGGAUACAAAGGCCGAGAAGAAGUCUGCCUUGGUACUCAACAAGACGAAAGGUUUCAUGCUCUACUCCCGCCGUCAUGAGAAGUAUCGGAACUCCAAAACACGUACAAAGGAUUGGCAAGAACUCAGCAGACGAUUGGACGAGGAUGAGCUCAAGUAUCAGUCCGCCCGUUGUAUGGACUGCGGUGUCCCCUUCUGCCAGAGCGAUACCGGUUGCCCCAUCUCGAACAUCAUCCCCAAGUGGAACGAACUCGUUUUCCAAAACCAAUGGAAGAAUGCCCUCUUAAAACUUCUUCAAACCAAUCCAUUUCCCGAGUAUACAGGGCGCGUUUGCCCAGCUCCUUGUGAAGGUGCUUGUGUUCUAGGUAUCAACGAGGAUCCAGUUGGGAUCAAGAACAUCGAGUGUGCAAUCAUUGACCGUGGUUUUGAGAUGGGUUGGAUGAUUCCUACGCCGCCCGAAGUUCGCACUGGAAAGAAGGUUGCAAUCAUUGGCUCCGGUCCUGCUGGUUUGGCAGCUGCCGAUAGUUUGAACAAAGCCGGCCACCUCGUUGUCGUGUAUGAGAGGGCCGAUCGUAUUGGUGGUUUGCUAAUGUACGGUAUUCCGAACAUGAAGCUCGACAAAUCAAUCGUCCAGCGGAGAACAGAUUUCAUGGCCGCUGAAGGUAUCAAAUUUGUCACUGGUACUCACGUAGGCGAGGACAUAAAACUCUCUUCCCUUAGGGAACAAAAUGAAGCCGUUAUCAUUGCGACCGGUGCUACAGUUGCCAGAGACCUCCCGAUCCCUAAUCGAAAUCUUGAUGGUAUUCAUUAUGCUAUGACUUUCCUCCAUGCCAAUACCAAGUCUUUGCUCGACUCAACCCAUGAGGAUGGCAAAUAUAUCAGUGCAAAGGGCAAGGAUGUCAUCGUUAUCGGUGGAGGUGAUACCGGUAACGACUGUAUUGGUACCGCUGUUCGUCACGGUGCAAAGUCAGUUGUCAACUUCGAGUUACUUCCUCAACCACCGAACGAGAGAGCCAGGGACAACCCUUGGCCGCAAUGGCCUAAGGUGUACAGAAUUGACUAUGGCCACUCAGAGGUUAAGGCACGAUAUGGAAAGGAUCCUAGAGAAUACUGUGUCAUGAGCAAGGAGUUUGUAAGUGAUGGCGGCGGCAAGGUCAAGGGUAUCAACACAGUCCGUGUGGAGUGGGCCAGGAGCUCUCGCGGGGGUUGGGACAUGAAGCAAGUCGAAGGAUCCGAACAGUUCUUCCCUGCAGAUCUUGUGCUCCUCUCAAUGGGUUUCUUGGGCCCGGAGGACAGAGUAUUGGGUGAUAUCGAGAGAGACGCUCGGAAGAAUGUCAAGACACCCCCGGGAGCCUACUCUACUUCCAUGCCUGGUGUCUUUGCCGCUGGUGAUUGCCGAAGAGGACAAAGCUUAAUUGUCUGGGGUAUCAAUGAAGGUCGGCAAUGCGCACGAGAAGUCGACCAGCACUUGAUGAACACUACGCAGCUGCCCGUCUCUGGAGGUAUUGUUCACAGGGCCCCAGUCACAGCCGAAAUCUUGGGCCGUGCGGAGAGAGUCCCUCUCCAGUCAAUCGCUAUAGCAGCCGCCUAAACUGCCUAAACUGCUAUCGGGAAUGCCCCUUUUUUUUAUCUUCGUUUACAUUAAGUCAUCAAAUUAGGGGGUGCAGGAUAAAAGGUCAUCAUUUGUUUAUUCGGUUCUCUGUUUCGCUCGAAGUCACUUCCAGCAACCUUCCGUUAAAAAUUAAGCACUGUUCUUCACUUCUCUGUGUGAUAUUACAUGAUGGUUACUUUGCGGUCUAUUUGGUUGCUUUACGUUUUUUUAUUUCUCUCUUCGUUCUCCUUCCCAUCAUACUAUUCAAUGUACUUAUUCCCCGAAAAAAAUUUAACCGGAUGUCUUACAUUUUCUUGGG